AUGAGGUACCCUCCAAUAUGGAGAUAUCUGAAUGGGGUGACUUACAGACCCAUCUUCCGAUCACUUCACACUCCCUCAACUAUAACUCCGCCAUUGUCAUUACAUUCCUCUUCACCGCUUAUCCGACCACAUGGUAAUCCCUCUUCUGAGCACAGUCUAGCCAGGCCCGAUGAUUUUCUGUUCUGGCCAGAUUUCUUCAGCAUCGAAGAAUGUAAGACCUUAGUAGACAUGGCAUUGUGGAAGCUUGACAGGGUAGAUUCGUCAUUGAAGAGAAGGAGGAAAGGUAAACAGUUAUUGAAGGAGACUCAAGAGCAGGAUGAUAUACAGAAGCUCUUUGACAGGGAAUACGGGUUUGAAGAGGGUCAUUAUGAUUCGGUGAUUCAUCAUUACCGCGAAACUCUACUUUCCACCCUACCAUCGAACUCUUCUUCACAUCUAAUAACCACAUUAUCCAAGCUAUACGGGCUUCUACCUGACUUACCGAACUCAGAAUUGGAGUCGAACUCGAUACCGCCAGAAGGGACCAUCACACACCUGUUGCACCUUUCACCGAAAGGCGAGAUCUUACCUCACGUGGAUAAUCUGGAAGCGUCCGGUAAAUAUAUCUGUGGGGUAUCGUUAGGUGGAGAGAGGAUAUUGAGAUUACGGGCAAAGGGAAAGAAAGAGGAUGGAUGGGAUGUAAGGUUGAAUAGUGGGAGUGUGUAUCUACAGCGCGAUUCGAUCAGAUACGAAUAUGAGCAUUCGAUCCUGCCGUAUUCAUCAGAGGGAUCCGUAUGGAAUGGUGAGAAGUUGAAUCAGGGUCAUAGGAUCAGUAUAAUGAUAAGGGACACACCAACGAAACCUGCUCAACUAUAG